AUGCAGUUGGCCCUCCUCGGUGCUGUUGCACUGCUUACGCAGAAUGCCGCCGCCCAAAACAUGCUUCGUUUCGCCUGUUCACAACUAGUUGUCGAGCGUACCGAUCCUCUAGUCAACCCGGGAAUGAAAUACACCCCACAUCUUCAUCAGAUCGUUGGAGGGAACUCCUUUAACAUUUCUAUGGACCCGGCCACACACGACCCACCUGCGAUGUCCUCCUGCACAUCGUGUAGCUUUGUGGAGGACUUGUCUAAUUAUUGGACUGCUGUUAUGUUCUUCAAGGCUCGGAACGGGACCUACAAGCGUGUUCCCCAAGUUGGCAACGGAGGACCCCAGGGGUCUCUUAUAAACAAGGGUGGUCUCGAUGUUUAUUAUAUUCCUAGCGGGAAGGGAUUCCGUAUGCUUGCUGGAAACGCCGUAAAUACUGAUGCCAGCAAAGUUUCUAAGGGCAAUAUCUGCCAUCGAUGCUGGCAGUCAACGGACGAUAACCAGUUUACUGGUGGUGCGCCUUGCUCCGGCAGUGACACUGUGGACAUCCCCAUGUCCACAUCGUGUAAGAUGAUCCGUCAGACCAUUAUCUUCCCAGCUUGCUGGGAUGGCAAGAACCUCGACAGUCCUAACCACCAAACCCAUGUUGCUUAUGGACAAGGAUCUGGAGCGACUGGAGGCGGCGCCUGCCCAUCUACUCACCCUGUGAAGCUCCCUCAAAUCAUGUACGAGCUUAUGUGGAAUACCUCAACGUUCAUGGACAAGAAUAUCUGGCCUGCAGAUGGCUCCAACCCAUUCGUUUAUAGCAUGAACCUCGGUGGUCCCGCAGCGCAUGGCGACUAUGUCUUCGGCUGGAAGGGUGACACUCUCCAGCAGGCUAUGGAUAAAAAUUGCAAUCUCAACAAGGACUGUCCAGCGGCAGGGCUCCAUGCCCAGUCAGCCGAUAAGUACAAUGCAUGCACGAAGGCACAACAAGCACCAGAGGAGGUUGACGGCUGGCUGAAAGCUCUGCCCUUGGGCGAGAUGGCCAUCAAAGCCUAA